GAUGGGACAGGAUAGUAGUAUAAAAAGGCGAUAUGAAACAUAGUUUUCCAUCACGCUCACCCCUUCGUGAUCUGAAGUCGUGAAUUCCCUGCCCGACGAUUUGAUUAAGUUAAAUCAGAAUGGCGUUUGAAAAAACAAUUUUGUUCGUGGCCAUCUCCCUGACGUUGUCCAGUUGCUGGAUCCCCUCCGCCAGAGCCAAUCCCGUCCCGACAGAAAGCGACAAUCAAUUAGAUCGGGAUGAUACUUUUAAAGCUGGAAAACCAUUGACGGAAGAAGAAUUUAAUAGCGGAGCUAUUGGAAACAAAGGAGCUUCUAUGGACAAUCGGCCAUGGGAACAUCAAGUGGGCGGCGAUGUCCUUCCCGACACGGGAAAUAAAAACGCUAAUAAGAAAGCAGGUGUCAAUUGGCCUGGUGGACAAAUUCCCUACGUCAUAUCAAGCGCUUUCUCGGCUCAGGAGCGUAAGACAAUCGCUUCUGCCAUGGCGGAUUAUCACAAGAAAACCUGCAUCCGCUUUGCACCCCGCAAAACGCAAAGUGAUUACCUCAAGAUCAUCAGGAGCAAAGAAUCCCAAUCGUGGUCUGGUUAUCCUGGGUAA